UACGGGGAAUCGUAAGAAAAAGAAAUCAGAAUUUUUGCCUAAUUUAAGCAAAAAAUAUAUAAAAUUAAUGCGCAGUGUUAAGUAAAAGAAAAUAACAAAGAAUUACAUAAUUUUUGAAGCUUAACAAAUUAUUAAAAACAAGUGUUAAAUAAAAUACAGAAAAAGUGGAGUGUUAAAACUUGAAAAAGUUAAACAAAAGAUUGAAGGUCAUUUGGUUGGUUGGUGAAAUUAAAAAAAAAUGCUUGAAUUUCUUUGCGUUGGCGAACUGUGAAAAAAUCGAUGAGAAUUUUCAAACCUUAGUGGAAUAUUAAAAUACAUUUUUCAUUUUGCAAGCAAUUAUUUAAGUUUUGUCCAUCAUUUUUUGUGUUUUUCUGUGAAUAUGUAUGAACAACUCAAUUAAAUGCAUUCAUUACAAAAUUGCUCAAAUAAAAUUUUACUAAAAACACCAAUUACUAACCUUCAAAAGCAACAAACAACGGAAAAAAAUAAUAGCAGCCACAAUAAGAUUUGCCUGCUGCAGCAGUCACACCUCAAAUUAGAGACCUCACCAGCAGCCCUGACACAUUUACCAAAGCCAACAAAGGCAAGCAUUGAUAGUAAAGAAGACGUUGCUCACUGAAAAUGUCUUACACUGAAUUGGAAUCAGGUUAUCAGGAUUUACGUCAACAAUCCUCCCAACAAGCUGCUGCCGUCUCGUCGCAGUCUCAUGCCACCGUUGUAGGAAACACCGGCGGCAGCGUUGAUAGAUCUCAUCAACGGCCUGGAUUUUUUGUUGGUCAUGAUGGCAAUGGCGACACAGAUUUCUGUGAGAGUAAUGACGGCAUGGAUUCGGAUGCUAGUACCUCCUCAAACCCUGGCAAACAGGUGGUGGUGGGCAUAUGUGCCAUGGCAAAGAAGACACAAUCGAAACCCAUGAAAGAAAUUCUAACACGUUUGCAGGAGUUUGAAUUUAUUAAAAUGGUUAUAUUCGAAGAGGAUGUUAUAUUAAAGGAACCCGUUGAAAAUUGGCCUAUAUGCGACUGUUUAGUAUCCUUUCACUCUAAGGGCUUUCCUUUGGAAAAGGCCAUACAAUAUUCUCAGCAGCGCAAGCCGUAUGUUCUUAACAAUCUUCAUAUGCAAUAUGAUAUACAGGAUCGUCGUAGAGUCUAUGCAAUUUUGGAAAAGGAAGGCAUUGAAAUACCACGUUAUGCGGUAUUGGAUCGUGAUUCACCAGAUCCUAAACAACAUGAACUUAUUGAAUCGGAGGAUCAUGUUGAAGUUAAUGGCAUUAUAUUUAAUAAACCUUUUGUGGAGAAACCGGUAUCGGCUGAAGAUCAUAAUAUCUAUAUAUACUACCCAACAUCGGCUGGGGGUGGUAGUCAGCGUUUAUUUAGAAAGAUUGGCAGCCGCAGCAGUGUUUAUUCACCCGAAUCUCGUGUCCGUAAAACGGGUUCAUUUAUUUACGAAGAUUUCAUGCCCACUGAUGUAUAUUUUCCAGGUACCGAUGUCAAAGUCUAUACUGUGGGUCCCGACUAUGCACAUGCUGAAGCACGCAAAAGUCCGGCUUUAGAUGGCAAAGUUGAGCGCGACAGUGAGGGCAAAGAGAUUCGCUAUCCGGUCAUAUUAAAUCAUGCCGAGAAACUAAUAUCACGUAAAGUUUGUUUGGCCUUCAAACAGACCGUCUGUGGUUUUGAUUUAUUAAGAGCUAAUGGCAAAUCGUAUGUAUGCGAUGUGAAUGGUUUUAGUUUUGUUAAAAAUUCCAAUAAAUACUACGAUGAUUGUGCUAAAAUAUUGGGCAAUAUGAUUUUAAGAGAAUUAACACCUACCUUGCAUAUACCCUGGUCUGUGCCCUUUCAACUCGACGAUCCACCCAUAGUACCCACCACCUUUGGCAAGAUGAUGGAGCUGCGCUGUGUUGUAGCUGUUAUAAGACAUGGUGAUCGUACGCCUAAACAGAAAAUGAAAGUUGAAGUUAGACAUCCCAAAUUCUUUGAAAUUUUCGAAAAAUAUGAUGGCUUUAAGCACGGUCAUGUCAAAUUGAAACGCCCUAAGCAAUUGCAAGAAAUUUUAGAUAUUGCCCGUUUCUUAUUGGCCGAAAUCGAAACUAAAGAUAAUGCCGAAAUUGAGGAGAAAAAGAGUAAAUUGGAACAAUUGAAAAGUGUUUUAGAAAUGUAUGGCCACUUUUCUGGUAUUAAUCGCAAAGUACAAAUGAAAUAUCAACCCAAGGGUCGUCCACGAGGUUCAAGUUCUGAUGACGGUAAUAAUGUUAAGACUUUAGACGCACCCACAGAACCAUCUUUAGUGCUUAUAUUGAAAUGGGGUGGAGAAUUAACACCAGCUGGUCGUAUACAGGCCGAAGAAUUGGGCAGAAUAUUUAGAUGUAUGUAUCCGGGAGGACAAGGACGUCAGGAUUAUUCCGGCACCCAAGGUUUGGGUUUAUUAAGAUUACAUUCAACGUUUCGUCAUGAUUUGAAAAUCUAUGCCUCGGAUGAGGGUAGAGUACAAAUGACUGCCGCAGCAUUUGCCAAGGGUCUGUUGGCCUUGGAAGGUGAACUAACACCCAUUUUAGUACAAAUGGUUAAGAGUGCUAAUACAAAUGGUUUAUUGGACAAUGAUUGUGAUUCCAGUAAAUAUCAAAAUAUGGCUAAAAAUCGUUUACAUGAAUUAAUGCAAGUUGAUCGUGAAUUUACCGCCGAUGAUCGUAUGGCCAUUAAUCCCAACAACAGCAUUUCCAUUAACCAGGCUUUGGAUUUUGUUAAAAACCCGGUGGAAUGCUGCAACCAUGUACACAGUCUCAUAAAGGAACUAUUGAUUAUAAUCAGCGUGAAAAAAGAUGAUCCAAAAACGAAAGAUGCCAUACUGUAUCAUGGCGAGACUUGGGACUUAAUGCGCUGUCGUUGGGAAAAAAUCGAAAAAGAUUUUAGUACCAAAUCAAAAUUAUAUGAUAUAUCGAAAAUUCCUGAUAUUUAUGAUUGCAUUAAAUACGAUUUACAGCACAAUCAACACACUCUGCAAUACGAUCAGGCCGAAGAGUUGUAUAUUUAUUCUAAAUAUUUGGCCGAUAUUGUUAUACCGCAAGAGUAUGGUUUAACCAUGCAGGAGAAACUUACAAUUGGCCAGGGUAUAUGUACGCCAUUAUUGAAAAAGAUCAAAUCGGAUUUACAGCGUAACAUUGAAGAGGUGGAAGAUGAGUCGGUAAAUCGUUUGAAUCCUCAGUAUAGUCAUGGUGUUGCUAGCCCUGGUAGGCAUGUACGCACACGCUUGUAUUUCACUAGUGAGAGUCAUGUACAUUCUCUGUUAACCGUGUUACGCUAUGGCGGUCUGCUGAAUGUUUUAACCGAUGAACAAUGGCGUCGUGCUAUGGAUUAUAUUUCGAUGGUGUCUGAGCUCAAUUAUAUGUCACAAAUUGUUAUAAUGCUUUAUGAAGAUCCUACUAAGGAUCCCACUUCGGAGGAGAGAUUUCAUGUUGAAUUGCAUUUUAGUCCGGGUGUUAAUUGUUGUGUGCAGAAGAAUCUACCGCCGGGACCAGGUUUUCGACCACAUUCUCGUAAUGAUUCGGGUCAAUUGAGGACUUCGAACCAUGAAGACUGCAACAGUAAUCCUUCCCGCAUCGAUGAGGAAAAUGACACUGAAGAAAGCCCUGUUAAAACUCAUAUGCUCUCACCCGAUAGUUUAGAUUGUGAAAUUCGACCCUUGAAAUCCAAACCCAUACCUAUAGGAGCCCAUCACACGGUAUCGGGUCAUGAGGCUAUGGAUUUGGCUAAACGUCUUAAUCAAGAAUUGGCUUCGCAACAACAACAAACCAAACAGACGGGCUCUCUGGAAGCCAACCGGCCCAUUAGUCCUGAUGGUGAGCCAAGGUCGCGUAGUUUUGAACAGAGACCAAAAAAUAUUAAAGAAGAAGAGGUUGAAUCGAAUGUUUCACGCCAUGACAAAGAAUUCCAAGAGAUUCUAACCUCACGUGUCACUAACCAUAAUCGCUCUGCUUUUCAAAUACGAGUAACUGAUAAUCUAACACUUUUCAAAAUUGAUUCAUCCACCAAUGAAUUGCCUUUAUCUGAAAUAGAUUUUUCUGUAAAUCCAGGCACACCCGAAAGUCAUGAUAUAUGUAUAGCUCAUCAGAAAUCCGCCUCACCAGGUGAUCGUUUGCAAAAGCGCCAGUCUCAGUUGCUGACCAUGCGUCGCAUGGAAAGUGGCGAUGAACCGGAUUUUGUACAGAAACUAAGGGAUAUUCGAAAAAUCUCACCAUUAGCCACCAAUGAGCAUCCGUUAUCUUGCAAUUGUUCGUUUCAUUUGGCCAGUGUUAGUGAGGAUGUUGCUUAUCCGCAUGCUCAUUCGAAAAGUGAAGCAGAUAUUUCGGAUAUUGUACCGUAUGUGGCUAAAGUAUCUAGUCCGCCCAUAUAUGUUGCUUCACCAAGGACUUCUUUUGAGGAGGAAUAUCAAUUGUCAUCCUCUGCUCCCGCAGCUCUAAUGAGUAGAGAAUUUCAUAUGAGUUUACGUAAAAAAUCGGACACACUAAAACCUUCCUCGGCUUCUAAUUCUCCCACCGCUUCCACACUACAAUUAUGUCAGGCUUUAGAUGAACCACCCAGCACUUCGAGUCUGUCUGGUUCUAGGUUGUCACGUAACAAGCAUGCUGUUAAUAGUAGAGAUUUUAAACCCCUUAAACAAUGUUUACCUUCAGCCCAAUCGGCACCAAUUAUAGUAGAUUUGGGAAAUCCUUUUCGAUUUCCCGCUUUAUAUAGUUUUAAACAAUUUGCUCCAAUUGCUGAAAAUGCUGCAACUAAUACAACCUUUUCUCCUUCCAUCCCCGACCCUGACACGAACACAACAUACAACACACCCACGACACCCAUCAUUACUGUUCUCGACACAAAUUAUGUACCACCGUCAUCUUCGCCAUCACCACCACCUCAACAACAUUUUAAUGCCUAUCAUCAUCCCUAUCACAAUCCCAAUCCUUUUCCACUCCAACACCAUCAUAUACAUCAUGAUCGUUCUUAUCAUCAUCCUCAUUUGCAUCUUCAUCAUUAUAACAAUAACAAUAAUAAUAACAAUGCGCACUUACACCACACACCUUCCGCUCAUAUACCAAAUGUUGUUGUUACUUUCCCCUGUAAUUCUCCCUCGUCCUCCACAAAUUUAAAUGAUUUGCCUUUUAAAACCAAUGAUUUCGAUGAAUUUAAUACAAAUUUCACUUCUACAUCUGGCGCCGUCUCCUCUAUCCACAACCACCACCACAACCAACCCCUUAACACUCCUUCUCGCAUCUCUCGAUCAUCUCGCUCACACACCCCAAUUGAUUCCUUCGAUAAACCUUUUAACACUUCCUCCAUUAUCAAACCUACUAUUGCUGAUACCACUACAGAUAAUACGGUCACUUCGACAUCAUCGUCGUCAUCGGUAUCGUCUAGACGUCAAAGACACAGUAUUGCCGGCCAGAUGUCUUAUAUGAAAAUGUUGGGAUUCGGUGGUUUUAGUAAAAAGAUGACCACUAGCUCCAAUAGCUUAUUUAGUACAGCGGUUAUAACUGGCAGUUCCUCAGCUCCAAAUUUGAGAGAUAUGAUACCAGUAUCCUCAUCGGUCUUCUCGUUAACAGUUCUGGAUGGUUUUGGUGGAGUACCACCGAUCCGGCCAUUGGAAACAUUACACAAUGCAUUGUCGCUCAAACAGCUGGAUCAUUUCCUAGAGAAAAUGACUUCGGCACCGCUCUUUAAAACGCCCACAUGCACGCCGCCCAAAAAUCCUUCCACCCCAUUGUCCAUGAUCACAACGACAACGCUGGAGGAGGAGCCAUUGGCCAGCACGCCCACAAAUCAUGUGUGUCGCUGCAACGACAAUAGUGUGGUGAAUGAUACGAAUCCCGAUAGAUGUAGUAUGUGCGGUCAUCAGUUGCGACCCGCCAUACCGGGUGCCGCCUCAACACCCUUAACACCAGCUGUUGAAGUCAAUUUGAUGAUGAAAUCAGUCAACGAUAAUGCCGGACCACUUUGUAAGUGAUUUACAAUUUGAUUUUGUAAAUGUACUCUCCUAUUUGAAUAUAAACACACAUAUGUAUAGCAUAAAUAUUAAUUAAAUGGAUAUUAAAUUAAUCAUUGAGUAUUUGGCAAACAAAAUUUAAACAAAACGCAUCAUAAUUUAUUUAUUUAUAAUUGGUGUAAUGUAAUAAAUUUUUUACCUAAUUAUGAGUUCAUUUAAUUUAAUUAAAUUACAUUUAUUGUAUGCCUUUAUUAAAGACAUUAUUUUGAAAAUAAACAAAUAAAAUCACUGAUGUAUUUAAGAUAA